AUGCCUUCCGGGGGCCGCGGGCGGCCCCGGCUACGGCUGGGGGAACGUGGCCUCUUGGAGCCACCCUCACCGCCCAAGCGCCGCCUGCUACCGCGGGCGCACUUCUUGCCUCUGCUUCUGCUGUCCCUGGCCGUGGCCUCGGCGUUCUACACCAUCUGGAGCGGCUGGCACCGCCAGACUGAGGAGCUGCCGCGGGGCCGGGAGCUGCGGGGCCGGUUGAUCGGAAGCCUCCCUGAAGCCCGGCUGCGGAGGGUGGUGGGGCAACUGGACCCACACCGUCUCUGGAACACUUACCUGCGCCCCCUGCUGGUUGUGCGGACCCCGGGCAGCGCCGGCAAUCUCCAAGUCAGAAAGGAAGCCCCGGUGACUCUGCAGCUGCUCUUUUUGGAUGGCGAGGAGGCACUGAAGGAGUGGGGACCCAAGGACUCCCUUUAUGGCUCCCGGCACCUGGCCCAGCUCAUGGAGUCUGCACCCCACAGCCCAGGCCCCACCAGGAUCCAGGCUAUCGAGCUCUUCAUGCUUCUUGAUCUCCUGGGCGCCCCCAAUCCAAACUUCUACAGUCACUUUCCUCACACGGCCCGCUGGUUCCAUCGGCUGAGGAGCAUAGAGAAGCGUCUGCACCGCUUGAACCUGCUGCAGUCUCAUCCCCAGGAGGUGAUGUACUUCCAGCCCGGGGAGCCCCCUGGCUCUGUGGAAGAUGACCACAUCCCCUUCCUCCGCAGAGGGGUCCCAGUACUCCACCUCAUCUCCAUGCCCUUCCCCUCUGUCUGGCACACGCCUGGCGACUCGGAGGCCAACCUGCACCCCCCCACGGUGCACAACCUGAGCCGCAUCCUCGCCGUGUUCCUGGCUGAGUAUCUGGGGCUCUAG